UACAUGGCAACAUUAAAGCGUAAAAAGUACCGUAUAGUUUUGCUCUUCUAGCACUGAUAUAACGUGUCGGCCAUGCUGAACAUGUCCAUAUAGCGAGCUCCGGUAACGGUAGGGAGGGGAGAGGGGAGAGGGGGUGGAUACGGAUCCAUCAUGGCGCCCAGAUCCCAGGUGAAGGCGAACAUGAAGAGCAUGGAGCGGGAACUCCAGUGCCCAGUGUGUAAGGACAUCGUGAAGCAGCCGGUGGUGUUGCCAUGCCAGCACAGUGUAUGUUUGAUGUGUGCAUCUGAGGUGUUGGUGCAGAGCGGCUAUCCACAGCCCGAGCUGCCCCCGGAGCCCCGCUCUCCUGCUUCCACACCAAACACACGCUCGCCACGCCAGGCCCACCGUGCUGUAGAUCGUCCAUUACGUCCUGGCUUUGGGACAUAUCCAGGGCGCAGACGCAAGGAGGGUCCAACCCAGAUGAUGCUGUUCCCUUGUGUGCCUUGUGGUCGAGAUGUGGAACUGGGUGAGAGAGGACUGGUGGACUGUAUGAGGAACCUCACACUGGAGCGCAUAGUGGAAAGGUAUAGGCACACAGUAAGUCUGGGCAGUGUGGCAGUGAUGUGUCAGUUCUGUAAGUCCUCUCAGAACAUGGAGGCCACAAAAGGCUGUGCAGACUGCAGGGCAAGUUUCUGUAACGAGUGCUUUAAGCUCUACCACCCAUGGGGUACUCCACGUGCCCAGCACGAACAUGUACUGCCCACACUCAACUUCAGACCCAAGGUGUUGACAUGUACAGAGCACGACCAGGAAAAGUUGCAGUUCUACUGUCGGACAUGUCAAAGGCUCCUCUGCUCCCUCUGUAAGCUGCGUCGCGCUCACACAGGUCACAAAAUUGUGCCGGUCAGCCAGGCGUACCAGGCACUCAAGGAGAAAAUCAGCAAGGAGCUCCACUACAUCCUGUCCAAUCAGGCUACAGUACUGACUCAAAUCACCCAACUGGAGAAUGCCGUCACCCAGACUGAGGUCAACAGCGUAGCAGCCCGUGAACAGCUCUCUCAGUGUGUCAGAGAGUUGACGGCUCUGCUUUCAGAGAGGCAGGUCAUCCUGGCUCAGGCCCUGGAAAAUUCCCGCCAGAGGCGGAGUGAGGCUUUGGCCAGUCAGGUAGCAGAGAGGCGCAGCUUGUUGGAACACGCAGGCCUGAUGGCAUUUACCCAGGAGCUGCUGAAAGAGACCGAUCCAGCUUGCUUUGUACAUGCAGCCAGGCAAACAUAUAACAGGCUGGCCCAGUCAAUCGAUUCCUUGCAGAGUUUCUCUCUCUCUGCUGAUCCCUCUUUCCGACACUUUCAACUGGAUGUCUCCAGAGAGCUUAAACUUCUCACUGAUCUAAACUUUAUUCAAGCGCCUUUAGCCCCUGUGAUUGACACCCAGCACACACUAGCCUACGAUCAACUCUUCCUGUGCUGGCGACUGCCACAGGAGUCCUCCCCUGCCUGGCACUUCUCUGUGGAAUACCGUCGCCGGGGUGUCGUGCCAGGGGGCGGGGCGAGAGCUGGCCUCCGCGGCGGAUUGGCUGGAGCCCGCUGGGGGUGGCAACGAUUGGAUGAGGUGAGCGGGACCAGUGCCAUCAUCAGUAGGCUGGAGAUGGACAGCGUCUACGUUCUCCGAGUGAGGGGCUGCAAUAAAGCCGGCUUUGGAGAGUACAGCGAAGAAGUGUACUUGCACACUCCACCAGCUCCCGUACUGAAUUUCUAUUUGGAUUCGCGAUGGGGUCUACAUGCGGAUAGACUAGUAGUGAGUAAAGAGCAGCGCUGUGCCCGCAGUGUGCCAGGCCUCUCUCUUCUGCAGGCAGCUGACCGAGCCCUAACUUCCUGUCACCUGACCGCCGACCUGCUGGUGGGUGACGUGGCCAUCACACAAGGCCGUCACUACUGGGCAUGCUCAGUGGAGCCCGGCUCAUACUUAGUCAAGGUCGGUGUUGGUCUGGAGUCAAAGCUUCAGGAAUGGUUUCAUCUGCCACAGGACAUGGCCAGCCCUCGCUACGACCCCGACAGUGGCCAUGACAGUGGGGCAGAAGAUUCUUCAGACGCUCUGCCCCCGUUCACUUUCCUCACUAUGGGCAUGGGCAAGAUUUAUCUGCCCGCUUCUGCCAAUGCCCACCAUGGAACGGUCAAUCACAGGGACAUCUCUAACGGCAACAGCCCCUCCUCGCCGAACGGCGUCACCUAUCCUCUUCCUCCCAGGCUGGGUGUGUGUCUGGACUUCGAGAAGAGCCGUGUCACCUUUUAUGAUGCUCAUUCACUCCGCCCACUCUGGGAGGGUCCAGUCGACUGCUCUGCUCCCGUCUGUCCUGCAUUCUGCUUCAUUGGAGGAGGGGCUCUGCAGCUACAGGAGCUGGUGGCGAAUCGCAAUGCAGAUCAAACACCCGUCAGAAGAGUCACCAUCCAAUCCCGUGCCACUAAACUGAGCUGAGGUAGCUAUCUCAGUGACAUCUCAAAGGCUAGACCACCUUAGUAAAUUUUGUUUUUAUAUUUCAUACCUAAAAAUAGUUACUGCAUUUUUAAUUGCACCGAAUAUGCACUUCAGAAUAACUGUAUUAUUAUUAUUAUUAUUAUUAUUAUUAUUAUUAUUAUCUGUGUGUUUUACACUAUUUUUGAUAGGGCUUUUUUGCUUUACAGUGCUUGUGGAGGAAUGUAAAAAAACAUUGAAUUAAAUGAAUCUUUGGCCUAUAAAUUCUAUAUCUAUAUAUAACUAUAGCUGUAAAUAGAAUUUCUGGCCUCCUCUCUCUAGUUGUACAUCUACAGGUUUUUGAUAAUAAUUUAUUUCUGGGGUCAUUUUAAAUAGAUUUUACUUUUAAUUUCAUUACUAACAGAUGUGACCUGAGCGUUAGAUGUAUAUCCAUCAUUCCAGUGACUCUAAGAGCCAAAGUCAGUUUUGUUCUCCCCAUUUUUAAUUCCAUUACAGUUGAUGUUUGGUUACUGGCUGGAGACUUGGCAGGGCUACAGGUUCAUGUAUAUCUAUUAUCAGAAUGUACAGCUUACAUCCUGUUAAUGCAUUAAAUGAGAUGUUUAUGAAAAAAGAAAAGAAAAGAGAAAUGAAAAUUAUUGGCUGUAAAUAAUAACUGGCCACGUAAAGCUGUUACUGUCACACUUCCCUGAGAUGUGCGAUCUUACUUUAAUUUGCUGUGUAGAGAAAAAAAAACCUUCAUUUCUUUUCACUGACAAGAAUGGAGUAGUAACAUUCUGGUUACAGAAAUAAUGCUGAAUCUUAUAUAUGUAAAGGAUGUAUGAGAGUAUAACGUGAGUAUGCUACCUCAUCCUCAGUAUAAAGAUGAGUGUGUGUGUGUGUGUGUGUGUGUGUGUGUGUGUGUGUGUGUGUGUGUGUGUGUUCUUUUAUGCAAUUUUUAGCUUGUAGGACAUUUUUUUAACUGACCCACAGUGGGCUUAAUUUUGGCGUAAGCUUUAAGCUGUGCUUCUUUCAGAUAGCGUAUACUUUUCAGAAUAAAAUGAUGUAGGCAUCACCUGCUGGUGGAAUAUAAUCAGAUUUCAACAAAGAAAUGUUGAAAAUGUGAAAUAAAGACUUUAUCUGUAAGAUUCGAA